AUGUGCUUUACCUACCUGUUCACAGAUGCGCCCAUGCAGUGGCGCCCGCUGAAGUCGACCCUCGGAGGAGUUAACGCGCUCACUAACGGACCUAUCUCUGAAUGGGCCAACUCGACGAUGCUGCAGAGACAGUCUGGCUACGACUGUUUGUCGCUGCCGAGCCUCACUCCAGCCUCGUGCAGCACCAACAAACGAGCGCUGUGCGUCAAGGCGGCAGACGCCGGCUGCCCGGCCGGUUUCCUGCGCUCGGGCUCGGCCUGUGUGUACGCCUCCAUGGCGCCGGCGACGUUCUCGGCGGCACGUGCCUCGUGCGCUAGUCUGAUGUCGGAGCUGUACGAGCCGCGCGAGCCGGGCCUGAUGCUGCACGUGCGGAGUCUGGUGGCGACGAUCAACAGCGGUGACCACUGGAUCGGACUGGAGGAGAAGUACCCGGGCGACUUCCGGUUCGUCUCGGACCACAGCUCGCCCCUGUUCUCGUUCUUCGACGAGUCGUCGGGCGUCGGUCCGAUCAACGACGGUAGUUCCUCCGGGCCAUGUGUGAAGAUGGCUACCAACGGCCAGCUCGGAUCGGCCGACUGCGAUGACCAGAAACACUUCAUCUGCCUCUACAAGCCAAGACCUCUGUGCCCGGCCGGGUUCGUCUCAUUCGGAGAGACGUCGGACUGCUUCUACCACAUGGUGGGCUCGGCGGAGCGGAGUGGCGCCCAGGCGCGCUGCGCCGCGCUCGGUGCCGCGCUCGGAGAGAUCCGAGAGACGGACACGCUGAACAGCUUCCGCACCUGGCACGGCAACACCGCCAGCCGUCUUUGGACCGGUGUCACCGACCUGGCCGAGAACAACAAGUUCACGACGUCCGACGGUCUGGUCCCAACCCUGCUGCCGUGGGGCACCGGCCAGGGCGGCGACACCUCUCUGGGCUGCACCUCUCUGGACAGGAACGUGGUCGCCGACUCCACCUGCGAGAGCAGCGCCGCCGACGGCUACCUGUGCGUCCACUCUCCAGCGGUCGGCCACUGUCCGUCGGGGUUCCUGGAGCUGGCGGGCCGCUGUUACCGCUUUUCACCUACCGCGGCUACCUACACGGCGGCCACCAGCGAGUGCCAGAAGCUGUCCUCGUCCCUGGCGACCAUAGACUCAGCCGAAACGGCGCUUCUGCUCUCAUCCAUUGAGUUGUGGGACAAACCGUCAUUCAGCUGGUUCGUCGGGCUGAAACUCAACGCCGACACCGGUGUUUGGCAAAACUACGACCAGUCGACUCCCGAUUCCAGUGUGUGGGACACACAGCCCACGGGCCAGGAUUGCGCCGUGCUGGCCAAGUCGACAGGAAACCGGCUGCUCAGCCCCGUAGCGUGCACCGCAUCUUACAAAUUCAUCUGCGAGUGGCAGCCAGAUAUGAUGAACGACGCCAUCCCAGCCAUGAGCCCCGACGGCGCCUGCUUCUUGGACAUGCCCUACCCGGAGGACCCAGACUUCCGAGUGUCGCCGGGCGACUACGAGCCGACCAAGCUGACCCCAGACAUGUGCUCGGCACGCUGCCAGUCGCUGCGCUUCAUGUAUGCCGGGCUCAAGAACGGCAUGUUCUGCUUCUGCAGCAGCGUUCUGCGCAUUGAGCGGGCAGAUGCUAGCCUCUGCAGCGAGCCGUGCACCGGUGACCCGAGCCUGACCUGUGGCGGUAUCGACGAGUACGUGCAGGUGUACCGCACCGGCGGACAGGCGGAGAUCCAGGGCGCCUCCAUAGCCGUGGAACAGACCACCAUCCAGCCCGUGGACACCCUGUUCAGCUUCACUGCCAGCGUGGAGGUCGGCGAGCAGGUCCUCAUCUCUUACGAUUUGGGCGACGGCAGUGACGCCACGCUGCCUUCUGAAGAGGCCACUGCCAUCACCCACCAGUACAGCCUGCCGGGAGAAUAUACGGUCACGGCCAUCUUCACCGACGUCCCGGGCGUCGCCAAGCCGCGGUACGACCAGACCACUGUGACGGUGGGCGAGGAGGUGGGACAGGUCGAGUUCGACUGUCCCGAUCUCACCGAGCCCGGAGACGAGAUCAGCUGCCAGCUGUGGCUCGUCACCGGGGCCCACCUCAAACUCACUCUCGAGAUGGACAAGGGCUUCGUCGAUGGAAAGGAGUACACGAUUCCGGACCCGGUGGUGUCAGCGCUGGGCCUGCCGCCUCCGCAGCACCCCACAGAGGAGCUACAGUCGGCCCUGCCUUCGUUCAGACUGGGCCAGCACGGGACGACCACCACCGGCACAACACACAGCCGGAGGCGCAGAGAAAUCCGUUACGGAAAUCCGGUAGACAGCUCUGCACACAGCAGUGCACAGGACGUCGGUGUCGCUGUGAACGCAUUGUCCUCCGGCGCUGCCGUCGGCGGCGUGCAAGGGGAUACCUACGAGGCGACAACAGUGGUUAUGCCCUGGGCCAAAGUCACGGAUGCCGUCGUCCUGGUCGGCUUUGAGUACUACGCCACCAAAGCAGGAAAUCUGAAACUGAUGGUAUUUCGUCCCACCUGUCCCGGCGGCUCGUACUGCCACUCGACCGGCACCUGCGACGACGGGCUCUGUAACGAUAUCGAACACAGCGCCGUGUCAUGUCCGGACUCUAACCCGCUCUACGCUCCAAUGCGGCAGUGCCAGCAGUCGCUGUGCACCGCCGGACCUACCGCCUCUCCGACCGUCUCUUCCGACGGCAACAGCACGUCUCUGCCGGCUGGCCGGCCCGGCUACAGCGCCGUGUACUCGGUCACGGAGCAGGUGGCCGCUGUCGGCUACGGUAAACUGCUGGUGGACACCAGUCUGGAGACGGCCACCUGGCUGCAACCCGGCGACGUGAUCGGAUAUGAGAGCGACGGCGCCGUCAUUGGCUGGAGACCCGCCCGCCCGGGCCAGGAGCAGGAUGCCCCGGAGCUGGCGGCGCUGGGGCCGCAGUGGCUGGAUGACGACUCCUCGGGGUCUCUGGACUCGCGUCACUACCUGCGCGCCAUCGUGUCGUCGCCGCUGCAGCUGACUAUCAACCACACGUACGACGUGGUGGGCGCUUACCAGGCGUUCGCCACCGUCUCCACCACGGGCGACAUCGUGUCCGAGACCAGCGCCGGACAGGCCAUCGACGUGCAGGUUCCCAUCACUGGCUUCAAGGUUACUUUGGAUCCUGAACACGUGACCACCAACAACAAGACCAAUGCCACCGUCCUCAUCAAGACGGGCAGCUUCGUCAAGAUCACGUUUGACUUCGGCGAGACUCACCUGGGCGCAGCGAAUGUUAUCGAGGAGGCAGACACGAUCGAGAACGACGGCUGGUCGCAGAUCUACUGGUACAAGCGGGGAGACCCCGGGCCGCGCUACGUCAUCAUUACUGCUGAGAACAAGUGGGGUCGGGAGACGUACCGACACACGCUGUACGUGCAGCGGGCCGUCACCGACAAAUGGUACCUGGUGGACAACGCGCCCGUCCUCUGGCCCAUUCCCGGUGACGUCAAUUUCACGGUGGUGUACCCGGCGGGGCUGCCGCUGCCCACCAUGGCCUCUGCCGAGCUGUACACCGGCGACGGUUACGUGUUCGAGUGGGAGAUUCCCGAGGAGCGCGAGGCAGGAGAAAUAUACGAGAUCGGCUUCAACAGAUCCUACGACAUCCAGGGGUCGUACCGUGCUAAACUCCGCAUUUUUAACCUGGCAUCAGAGUUCGAGAUGACAAACAGGGUACCGGUGUGGGCAGAAAUUCAAAAUCUAACGACGAUGGCCUACUACUUGCCUUUUCUGCCAAUAGGCGGCGACACGUAUCUUACCGGCCAUGGCCCCGAAUACGACUCUUUUCCGAUCGAGCGAAACGUAUCAUUUUUCCUGAACAUGACACAAGGCAUGAUUUUCCAAUACAUUUUGGAGAUGGACAACGGAACCUUCCUGACAAACUCGUCCACAUCGCCUGUGAACUACAUCUUCCCCGAGCCGGGAACAUACAGUGUGAGCCUGUACGGCUGGAAUCCUCUGCAGGGCCGCUCCAUUCCCGUCAAUAUUACCGUCAAAGUGCUCGAGUCGCCGGUCAACGUCAUCAUAGACGACUACCUGCUCGUGUCGGAAGCCAAGUCAGCCAAGGAGUUCGAAAUCCGCAUGGACUCGGUGGGAACGUACACCUGCCUAAUGUGGACUCCCGGUGACGGAUCUAAGAUUCAAGGCUGGGGCGACCGCGACACGUGUGACAGCGUGAAUCCACCGAUCCCCUACAUUUAUCAGGGCGCGGUCAUCGAGAACCCUCUGAAAAUGACGUGGACAUAUAUGAAGAAGGGGCAGUACAAGAUGAGUGUUCACGCGUUCAACUUUUUGGCCGAGUCCCGCUACGAGCUCGGUUUCACCGUGUCGUCAAUUCCGUGCCGGCCGCCGGACCUGAUGAUUCGGGAUAGCUCGACUGCCUUCUGGAUGCCGAAGCCAUAUUUCCGGAAAGACUCUUUCGAGCUGUUCACGGUGUGCAGCAUUGACUGCAACGCCUCUCUGGACACAACCAAGACGUGGACGGCGCAGGCGAUCGACGAGUCCUGGGGCAAUAUCACCGGCUCCGUGGAUCUGACGUCACUCAGCUCGUAUAUGAAGUCAACUCUGUUCGUUCCUUCACGAUUCAUGGAGUACGGCACUUACAAGAUGACGUACUCUCUUCAGAUAUCAGGCGAAGGAAUGGACCCGACCCAGCCGUUCGUCAAGCGGGUGUUCACCUACGUUAGGAUCAAUCGGUCGCCGCUGCUGGUGACGAUGCUGUCAGGCGGCAGCUCGGCCAUUCAGCGCGGCUACAACCAGAUGGUGGUGCUGGAGCCAGAAAGGUUCUCCAAGGACCCUGACUACCCGGACGACACCAACCUGGUCUACUCGUGGUUCUGUCGCCGUCUGCCGGAUGAGAAGUUACCGCGCACCAAGGCCGGCUGGCUAAAGCACACGGAGCCGCUUCAGAACCCCAUCAUGAACGCCACCGUCGAAUUGUACGACUGGGUGUACGACAACGUCACCAACGCCACUUACGAGGUGGAACGGCCCGACCUGGGCGGCUGCUUCGGACAGGGACCAGGAAUGCUGAACAUCACCGGCGGCCGGCUGGAGCUGAACACGCUCCAGUUUCGCACCAACAACGCCACGUACGAGAUCAGCGUGCAGAUGCGGAAGGCGGACCCGACCGACCCGCGCCUGGCCACCGGCACCACGCUGGUGGAGGUGGUGGCCGGAUCGCCGCCAAUCGUCAGCGUCAUGUGUCAGGUAGCCGAUAUGUGUCGCGUCACCGAGAGCGGCUCCAUCAUCAACCCCAGUUCGCGAGUAGCGCUGGUUGGCACGUGUCAGGAGCUCUGCGACGGUCGACUCACCUGGGCCUGGCGCGUCUUCUACGUACGAAACUUCACAGAGUAUCGAAUUCAAGACGGCGAUAAGUACAUCAUCGGUGCCGGGAAGCCGUCGGUGGCCGUGAAGAAGGACCUCUACUCUGAUUACCCGGAUAUCGUCGAAUUCAGGGUUAAAGUCAGCGUCACCCGACUCAAUGACGGAGAGACUGGGGUGGCCACCAUGUACCUGCUGCUCAACCAGGCGCCCAUGGGUGGCACGUGCACCGUCACGCCGCCCGAGGGGCGCGUGGUGAACCUGCGAGCGCACGGCGUGGUGGCCGCAGAGGACUCGGCACAGGCGGCCAACGGCACCAGUGCCGGUCAGUUGUGA